GCACUUCCGGCGCGGCUCGGCCCGGGCCCGCGAUGGCGGCGGCGCUCGGGCGCUGAUUGCCCGGGCGGCUCCGGGCCCGGGGCGCGCGGCCGCCGCCGCCGUUCACUUCCGGGGCAGCGGCCAUGGGGCGGCGGGACCGGCGGGCGGCGGGGCGGGACCGGGGUCUCCCGCCCGCCGGCUUGAGAGCCUGGAACUGAGAAGUGCAGCAUCACAGGCCCGGGAUGAGCUGCUCUGCUGGACAACCCAUGGUCCUGCCUGUUCCUCACAAGAUGCCAUCAAGGAAGGAGGCCUGAGCCUGCUCUGGAAUUCUGAGGUAGAUCUGGGGCUCCCCAGCUCUCCAGCCACCUCCGAGGAGUCAUGGAGGACAAACGCAACAUCCCCAUCAUUGAGUGGGAGCACCUGGACAAGAGGAAAUUCUACGUCUUUGGGAUUUGCAUGACCAUGAUGAUCCGGGUCAGCGUUUACCCCUUCACGCUCAUCCGGACGCGGCUGCAGGUUCAGAAGGGCAAGAGUUUGUACAAUGGCACUUUUGAUGCUUUUGUGAAAAUCCUGAGGACAGAAGGAGCAGCUGGGCUCUACCGGGGCUUCCUGGUCAACACCUUCACCCUCAUCUCUGGCCAGUGCUACGUGACCACGUACGAGCUCACUCGCAAGUACGUGUCGCGCUACAACAACAACAACGCCGUCAAGUCUCUGGUGGCAGGUGGCUCAGCCUCCCUGGUUGCCCAGAGCAUCACUGUGCCCAUUGAUGUCAUCUCCCAACACCUCAUGAUGCAGAGGAAAGGGGAAAGCAUGGGCAGGUUUAAGGUGCAGAACCAAGAUGGCAAGAGGAUGUUGGUCUUUGGCCAAACCAAGGACAUCAUCGUACAGAUUUUCAAGGCCGAUGGUUUUAGAGGGUUCUACAGGGGCUACGUGGCCUCCCUGCUCACCUAUAUUCCCAACAGUGCUGUCUGGUGGCCCUUCUAUCACUUCUAUGCUGAACAGCUUUCCAGCUUGACUCCUAAAGACUGUCCCCAUCUCCUCCUUCAAGCCAUAUCAGGGCCACUGGCAGCAGCAACAGCUUCCACACUCACCAACCCCAUGGAUGUCAUCAGGGCUCGGGUGCAGGUGGAAGGCAAGAGCUCCAUCAUCCUCACCUUCAAGCAGCUGAUGGCAGAGGAAGGUCCCUGGGGCCUGACCAAGGGUCUCUCUGCCCGCAUCAUCUCGGCCACCCCUUCCACCAUCGUCAUCGUGGUGGGUUAUGAAACCCUGAAGAAGCUGAGCCUGCGCCCAGAGCUGGUGGAUUCCAGGCACUGGUAGAGGCACUUUGGGAAGAGCAACCUCCUGUUGGACCCUCUGGAUUUGGAUUCUGACGGUUGGAGCUGGGGAGGAGGAGCAGCUGCUGCCUCCUCUGGUUGGAGCUGCUUUCCCAGUCCAAGGCAGAAGCAGGAGCAGCUGCUCUUCUCCUCUUCAGACCUGAUGGCAACACAAGCUCUGCUGCUGCUUCUGCUCAAAACCAACAAGAUGUGACCUUGGGCAGCCCUGUUUGCCUGUGACAGUUCACUCAAGAGCAGCCAGGUGUGUGAACCCAUCCUGGCAAGUUCUUAAUUCCCUUUGCUGUUUUUUUUUUUUGGUGUUUUUUUUGUUUUUUUUUAAAUGAAAGACUUACUGGCUGAACCAAAAAAAGCCAGUUUAUUCUUUAAAUUAUUUUCGUCUUUGCCAAACUUCCAAGGAGGGGAAACUACCAGACUCUGCAGCAGAGCCCUCUGGUGGGAUGGGUGCUGGUUGCAGUUGUACUGUGGGAAGCUGGAAGAGAAGAACAGACAAGUACAUUUCUCCAAUCACCCACGUUUCUUUCCAGAAGAUGAGACAAGAGUGACCCAGAACCACUUCACACCUGAUUUACUGCGUUUGCAAUAGAUCUGUACAUACUUCUGUUUUUUGUAUGUUCCUGGAAAAUGCUUCUUCUCAUCCUUCAAGCUGCCUGCUGGGCAAGUUAGGAGUUGAGUUGGUCGUUUGUAAUUAGCUGAGAGUCACUUGGACACCUGACCUGUGGUUUUAAUCAGUUGCUAUUUGAUUUAUUUUAUUUUUUUUUACAUGAUUUUAGGGAAACUUAUCCUAAUUUCUGGGGGAUUUGAGUGGUUGUUCCGUGGCCUUGUUCAAUGUGUGUGUGUCAAUCCUGCAUGCUCAGGGUGGCUGCUGCCACUUCCCACCUGUAGUUUCAGCACAAUCAAAGAGUUUGGAGGUGUUGGAUUCUGCUGAAGGGACAACUGAGCAGGGUUUGAGCUGCCACUGGCUGGGAGGUGGGGAAGGAAAAAGGAAAAAAGCAGCUUCUACUGGUUUUUGAUCCAGUUCCAACCUGAUUGGCCUGUUCAUAUUGAAUAAGAAGUAAUGGUUCAUUAAUACUUGGUAAGUUUAAAUCCUGCUGGUCCUGUUUGGGAAGGGCGAGGAUGAUUCUUUGCACAUUCUGGUUGGAUCAACAUCCUGAGCUCGAGUCUGUGAUUGGGGCUGGGUGGGAAGUCCUGGUGGAGCAGUGGAGGGAGGGACUGCUCCUCAGGGAGGAGGAAGGAGGGGGUUGUUGGGCUUCACUCCUGGGCUCCGUUGUUGAGAUUUCCCUCUGGUGAUGCUGUGGAGCUCAUCCCAUGGGGUUGUGUGUCCCAGAGGGGAGGGAGACACCUCCAGGUCCCAGGGGUUGUGAUGGUUGUCUCUGCCAUCAGGAGGAAUUCCUGGCUGUGUCCCCCUCCCUCCAGGCUGUGUCCCCCUCCCUCCAGGCUGUGUCCCCCUCCCUCCAGGCUGUGUCCCCCUCCCUCCAGGCUGUGUCCCCCUCCCUCCAGGCUGUGUCCCCCUCCCUCCAGGCUGUGUCCCCCUCCCUCCAGGCUGUGUCCCCCUCCCUCCAGGCUGUGCUUGGCUGCUCCCCUGGGACCUACCAGCUCUGGCUCCUGCCUUCACAUCUGCAGUGCAGCUUGUGCAGGAGCUGGUGUGGCAGUUUCUGCUGGGGGUGGGAGGAGAACAAAAUGCUGCUGAACCUGGAGAGAGACUUUAAUGUUUCUGGCAGACUGGGUUCUAGGACACAUGCCCUUUGAUGGGCUUGCAGGUGAGUCACCAAAGGCCUUUUAACCCCACCUUUGUUUUCUGCAGCAUUAAGUGAGGUGAGGUGAGCCUGAGCCAUCACAGAGCUGCUCUCCUGCCAGGAGAUCAGUAAGAACAGGUCCUUGGGGAAGGAAAAAGUGGAACAGCAGCAUCACCAGAGGGGAAGGAGGUACCAGAGUGCAGGAUGGAGCUGAGUGUGCAACAGCCCCACUCACAGACAGGCCCUACUAAUACCAGCAUGAAAUGAAACACCAAUCAUCAGACUCUGCUGAUGAGCAGCAGGGUGGUUCUCAGUGUGUGUGGUGGAAGUGGCAGAGAACACGAGUGUGGGGAGACACUCUCCAGCUUCAUAAUUUUCCUCUCUUAACCAGCAAAGUUAUUGACAACUAAUAAACUUGAGAGACCUUCA